UUACAGUUUUAUCAACUAUUGGAGACGAGCCAGGUGGCGAACAACACGCUGAUGUAUCGUCAUGUUACCGUUUUCGCUCCAACGAACAGAGCCUUUCAAAAGUACAAUGGAAGCAAGAGUAACUUGGUUCUCUAUCAUAUGUCGAACCUACCAUUGACGAUCGAACGAUUAGGACUUUCGGUUUCAUCCGAAUUAGAUGGUAAUCCACCCUUAUGGGUAACGAGGAAACCUGGUCCGGCGGGUGAAGAAGAGGUAUUCAUUAACAACGCUAAAGUUUUAAAACAACCCAGCAAUUUCCAAUCGAAAAUAAAAGUCAAUGGGGAUAUCAAGACGCAAGUUUUGCACGUGAUAGACGAAGUAUUGGAACCGGUACGUUCGAUGUCAUCGGAAUCACCGAUCUACAAUCCCGAUGCCUUUCAAUUUUUAAACCAAAGUGAGAAUUUAAACAUGGGUAAUCAUCGUGUCAGGACCUUCCGACAAAGGAUCGUCAUAGAAAAAAAGGAAGGAAUCUUUACGGCAGAUGGGCGUUAUACUUUUUUCAUUCCCGUUGACGAAGGAUUUAAGCCGGAGCCUAGGCCACAGAAGAUCGAUCAUCUCGUAAUCGAUGGACACGUGAUUCCCAAUCAUAUUCUUUUCACAGUACCUACACCUGAGAAUAUUCAUUACGAGACACUUGUUUUCUCUGACAAUCUCAAAGUUACCGUCAGUUUUCUCAGGGAACAUAACAAAGUAUAUGUCAAGUCUAAUACGAUCGUGGGUGAUGCGUCUCACCAACCAGGUGUCGUGUUAGCCGAAAUCGUUAAGCCAAACAUCCCCGUACGAAACGGAGUGAUCCAUUUGAUCCAACGACCACUUAUGGUGAUCGACAGUACUGUGAAGGACUUCCUCGAGUCCUUCAAGGGCAUCGAGAAGGAGGAUGGUCCGGUAUACAAAUUUUAUGAGACGAUUCGCGAUUUUGGCGACGACAUUAUGAUGACCAUAAGUAGGCUCCAUGAUGUAACAUUAUUUGCACCGAGCAAUGCUGCUUUAGAAGAACCAGGAGUACGACAAAUUCUACAGGAUAAAAGACGAGUCAAAGAAAUCCUCAACUUGCAUUACGUCAAACAGAGACUACCAUUGGAAAAGAUUCAAAACAAAAGUGUCAUUCAGGCACACGCUGGGAUACCUACUGCUGCCGAUAGGAAAAAGCUUUAUUUCAACGUCGUACAAGGUCCAGCAGGAAAUCAAACAAUUACCGUUGAAGGAGGUGGUGUAAAUGCUACUGUCGUAACAGCAAAUAUCGCUGCGACCAAUGGAAUUAUUCAUAUCAUUGAUAGGGUUCUCGGUGUACCUUAUACAACUGUUUUAGAAAAACUACAAACGGAUCCUAUGUUGAAUUCCACUUAUUUCCUCGGCCAACGACGUGGUUUUAACGAUCAACUUAACGACACGACGAAACGUUUCACUUAUUUCGCACCAAGAGAUUAUGCCUGGUCCAGUGCUAACAUAAGCUAUCCGUCUGCUAUUAAAAAACUUUUUAUGCCAGACUUCAGUUAUCACACCAAACAAAUCUUGGAACGACAUCUCGUUGUUGCCGAUCAAGUAUACACGAUGGCUAAAUUGAAGGAAAUGAAUUACAAUGACACUAUCACCCUAACUUCCGCGAGGGAUACUUUGAAACUUCGCAUUAAGGAAUCCGGUGAAAAUGAUGACGAAAACGCUAUCCGUCCAGUGACUUCCGGUUACCAAAUCGAAUGGGACGGCAAAUGGAUACGAGUAUUCCGUCACGAUGUUGAGUGUACCAAUGGCAUAAUUCACGUGAUCGAUGGUGUCUUUUUAAAGGAUAGCGACGUUAGAGUGACCGGUGGUGCAUCAUUGGCCAGUAUCGCGCCGCAUCUUAUUAUCUUCUUGAUAGUCAAAUGGCUUUUGUAAACAUUGGAAUAACAAUAAUAAUGGGCGCGCAUCGUCGAUGAAGAUUAUUUAAAAAAAAAAAAAAAA